AUGAAGCAUCUGAUAGUUCUUCUGGGGCUGGCAGCCCUCACCAUCUCUUGCAGAAGCCAAGACUUGAGCCCUGGAAGCAACCCACAGGAUCUUCAGCCUGACCAGGCGAGGGAGGCUGAGGAGGAGGACCCCUUCUAUAGGAGUCCUGUGAACAAACUGGCAGCCGCUGUUUCAAACUUUGGCUAUGACCUGUUCCGUCAGCACUCGAGCCAGACCCCCGCGGCCAACAUCCUGCUAUCCCCCUUCAGCAUUGCCACGGCCCUCUCCGGCCUCUCGCUCGGUGCGGGCGAGCGGACAGAGGAUGUGAUUUCACGUGCCCUUUUCUACGACACGCUCAACAAGGCCAACCUUCACAACACCUACAAGGAGCUCCUGAGCAGCAUCCCAGCAUCCAGCAAGGGCCUGAAAAGUGCUUCUCGCCUUGUUAUGGAGAGAAAGCUGAGAAUGAAAAUUGGGUUUGUGAACGAGCUGGACAAAUUCUAUGGAUUCCGCCCCCGAGUGCUAAGCGGAAAUGCCCGAGUGGAUCUGCAAGAGAUCAACCAGUGGGUGCAGCAGCGGACCGGUGGGAAAGUCAGCAGAUUCCUAGAAGAGGUUCCCACUGGGAUCAGCAUCCUCCUCCUGGGGGCAGCCUAUUUCAAAGGACAGUGGGUGACCAGAUUUGACACCAAGCUGACCAAGCCGCAGGACUUCCACCUGGAUCAGGACAGGACCAUCCAGGUGCCCAUGAUGUCAGCCCCCAGGGCGAUCCUGAAAUACGGCUUUGACUCUGAACUCAACUGCAAGAUCGCCCAGCUGCCUCUGACGGGAGGCGUCAGCAUCAUGUUCUUCCUGCCCGAAAGCGUGACCCAAAACAUGACUCUGAUCGAGGAGAGCCUCACCUCGGAGUUUGUCCGUGACAUAGACAGGCAGCUGAAGACAGUCCACGCUGCGCUUCGGGUGCCCCGGCUCAGAUUGGCCGCCAACGUGAGGCUGGUGGAGGCGCUUCGGGACAUGCGGCUCCAGGCACUCUUCUCAGCACCCAACUUCAGCAAGAUCACUCCCAGAGCCAUCAAGCUUUCCGACGCGCAUCACAAGGCCGCUUUCGAUCUUGGCGAAGACGGGACGAGUUCGGCGUUUCCCUCUGACACAGAGGCCGCACGCCUGAGCUUCCCCGUUGACUAUGCCCUGAACAAGUCCUUCUUGUUUGUGGUCCAAGAUGACAACACCGGCACCCUCCUCGUCAUCGGAAAGGUUGUCAACCCCCAGCAGGCUUAGAGCUUUCCCCAGGCCCCAGAAGCGGGGGGAGGGGGGUCCUUGACUGUGUCCUGCAGCUGGUUUUGCUUACAUGGUCCAAUAAAAGCGCUUCCACCUUAA